GCAAUGGAGGAUUAAGGGCAGCCGGUAGUUUGGGAGUAGCCAAAUCCUGUGGGAUUCAUACUGACCUCAUGAGCCUUCAGCACUCUCCAGGUGAGAUGUGGAAGAAGGAGUUUCAGAGCCGGCAGGGCCCUUCCAGAGUUGGAGAGACAGAGUCCUCAGGACCCUUGUGGGUAGCAAGGGGAAGCCAGCUGGGAGCAGGAAAAGACAAACCCCAGGGGGUGUUCUGCCCUCUGUUUUACUGUCGCCCUGACUAGGAGGGGUAGGGCGUGGUGGUGGUAUUGGAGUUGCCUCCACCCCUACCCCAUUCCCCUUCUAGCUGAGGAGGUAGUGGAAAGGUUAACUCCCUGCAGGGUGGGAGUGGGUCAGCUCCAGGUCUGUACCCCUGAGGUCACGGGCAGACAAACAAGCAGGCCUCCUCCCCUGGAGGCACCGCCCGGCAGACAGCAGGAAGGGGUUAAACACGCCCGCCCGCCCGUCAUCCUGUGUCCUGUUACUGCUGAGGCAGACCUGCCUGGCCAGCUGAACAACUUUCCUCCCGAGACUGCUGGCCGGCAGGAGUCGGAGAGGCAGCCGCCAGAGGCUGAGCUCCAACCCGCUGAGGGACCCUGCUGUCCUUCAGAGGGCCCUGUGCCUCUCGGUCGAGGGUGGGGCUCCCGAGACCAGGGUCUAUGGUGGAUGGCUCUGGAGCUGCUCCUGAGGCUGUGCCAUACCCUGCAAGUCAGAGGGUCACUGCAGAGCCUGCUGGGGCUGGGGCGAGGGAGCCCACACUGGAGCCCCAUGUGGAACCCACGGACGCAGCCGCCCUGCUGAAAGCACGGCGGCCCAUCCUUCGAGACAGUGACCUCAAGACGGUGGCCCUCAGCCCUCUACCUCCGGCGGGGGUGGGGGCUGCCCACCUCCAAGUCCCCAACCAUGACAACCUCUGCGCUCCGACGCCAGGUGAAGAACAUUGUUCACAACUACUCGGAGGCUGAGAUCAAGGUGCGCGAGGCCACCAGCAAUGACCCCUGGGGCCCACCCAGCUCCCUCAUGUCAGAGAUCGCUGACUUGACCUUCAACACAGUGGCCUUUGCUGAGGUUAUGGGCAUGCUGUGGCGGCGGCUCAAUGAUAGCGGGAAGAACUGGCGACAUGUAUACAAGGCUCUGACACUGUUGGACUACCUACUCAAGACGGGCUCAGAGCGUGUGGCCCACCAGUGCCGUGAGAACCUCUACACCAUCCAGACACUCAAGGACUUCCAGUACAUUGACCGCGAUGGCAAGGACCAAGGCGUCAAUGUCCGUGAGAAGGUCAAACAGGUGAUGGCCCUGCUCAAGGACGAGGAGCGUCUGCGGCAAGAGCGGACCCACGCCCUCAAGACCAAAGAGAGAAUGGCCCUGGAAGGCAUGAGCAUUGGCAGUGGGCAGCUGGGCUUCAGCCGAAGAUCUCGGGGAUCCCCCUCCUCCUACACCUCUGCAUCCUCGUCCCCACGCUAUGCCUCAGACCUGGAGCAGGCCCGGCCCCAGACAUCCGGAGAAGAAGAACUGCAGCUGCAGCUGGCCCUGGCCAUGAGCCGUGAGGAGGCUGAAAAGCCAGUGCCCCCAGCCUCCCACAGGGAUGAGGACCUUCAGCUGCAGCUGGCUCUGAGCCUGAGCCGGCAGGAGCAUGAGAAGGGGGCCAGGUCCUGGAAGGACGGUGACUCUCCAAUGGCCAACGGCGGCGGCGCAGAACCUGCUGGCCGACGUCGACGGGACAGAGAGCCUGGGAGAGAAGAGAGAAAGGAGGAGGAGAAGCUGAAAACGAGCCAGUCCUCCAUCCUGGACUUGGCCGACAUCUUCGCACCUGCCCCAGCCCUGCCUUCCACACACUGCUCUGCUGACCCAUGGGACAUCCCAGGUCUCAGGCCGAACACUGAGCCAAGUGGCUCUUCCUGGGGACCUUCUGCAGACCCCUGGUCUCCAGUUCCCUCUGGAAAUGCCUUGUCCCGAAGCCAGCCUUGGGAUUUGCUUCCUACUCUUUCCUCCUCUGAGCCCUGGGGCAGGACCCCAGUGCUCCCUGCCGGACCCCCCAUCUCAGACCCCUGGGCACCAAGCUCCCCCAACCACAAACUCCCCAGCACUGGAACAGACCCUUGGGGGGGCUCUGUGGAGACCUCUGACACCUCUGCUCUAGGUGGUGCCCCAUCCUUCGAUCCAUUUGCCAAACCUCUAGAAUCCACAGAGCCCAAGGACAGCCAGGCCCUGGCCACGGGGAAGUCCAGCAGCCCUGUGGAGCUAGACCCAUUUGGAGACGCAAGCCCCAGCUGCAAGCAAAAUGGCAUGAAGGACUCUGAAGCCCUUGACCUGGGUGUGCUGGGGGAGGCGCUGCAGCCAGGAAAGGAGGCGCGCCCCUGCCGGACUCCGGAGUCCUUCCUGGGCCCCUCUGCCUCUUCUUUGGUCAACUUGGACUCACUAGUCAAGGCACCCCUGGCUGCAAGGACCCGGAACCCCUUCCUGACAGGUCUGGGUGCUCCGUCCCCCACUAACCCGUUUGGCUCGGGCGAGCAAGGCAGGCCGACCCUGAACCAGAUGCGCACCGGCUCGCCCGCGCUGGGACUGCCGCCGGGGGGACCCGUCGGGGCGCCCUUGGGCUCCAUGACCUACAGCGCCUCCCUGCCCCUCCCGCUCAGUAGCGUGCCGGUCGGAGCGACCCUCCCCGCCUCGGUCAGCGUCUUCCCGCAAGCCGGAGCCUUCGCCCCGCCGCCCGCGAGCCUGCCUCAGCCGCUGCUGCCCACGUCCGGCCCGGCGGGGCCGCUGCCCCCGCAGGCUGGCACCAACCCCUUCCUCUGAGACGCUUCGGCGCCUGCGCGCGAGGCCCCGCCUCCUCGAGGGCGGUCGUGCAGGUUGAGCGUUGAUCCAGGCCUCUGUGGACCCCUGACCGAUGCUGAACGAGCUAGGGACUGACCACAUCCAGGGAACGAAGACUACACCCGCCUAAUAAAGACUGGAAUCUACGUCUUCAGCUCUUACCAAGUGGACUUUUUGAGGGGUGUGGCAGCUGGGUCCGGACCACAGCACUGAUUACCAGCUAAGGCGGAAACUACUUGACAGUCUGAAUUCCCUCAGAGCCCUCUCAACCCCCAAUUCCCAUCUCAUGUCGGCCUGGUGCCUUCCUUCCCUAUGCUCUCACUCAUUCAGGCUUUCAUUCACUAUCACACACGGGAUACUCCGAAUAGUAAGGGGUAACAGCCUUUGCUCAUUCUUUGAUGCGCUAUGUACCUUAGGCAGAGAAUUUCAUGUAAUCGUAUUGCAAGGAGCCUCCGCAGUUUUACUGUUACUCAGGACUUCAGCGUUUGUAGGGCCCUACCCAAGCUAAACAUGCAGUGCUCCUUGUCCAAAACUGGGUUAAGAAUUUCAAAACAGAGUUGGAUGGAUAUGAUGACACAUACCUGUAAUCCCAGCACUUAAGGAGGCUGAGGCAAGAGGAUCCUGGGUUCAAGGCCAGCCUGGGCUCAAUUGCUUUUCUUUUUCUUUCUUUCUUUUUUUUUUUUUUUUAAGGCAAGGACAGGAGAACAAUAAACUAAGGGCCCAACCCUCCCAAGUGAGGUGGCACAGGUCUUUCUAACUACUCCUGUUUAAUAAUAGCCAACUGAGGCUUUGAGAGAGAGAGAUUCAGUGGCAUGCUCAGAGUCACGAAGCUGGAGUGACAUGGGGCUGGAAUUCAGAGUCAGACAGGCUGGCUCUCUGAGCUGGACCAGAUUUAAUUCAGCAAACAUUGACUGACUGUCUUGGACAAAAUGCUGGGCUCACCUAGAGGGAACCAAGGAGGCCUGAACCCACAUCUCCCAGGAGCUAGGAGGGCAGCAAGGUAGAUGUCCCACUAACACUGGAUGUGGCUGCAGCAUAGGCAGCCACAGGAAGCCCCCUUCUCUUAUGUCUGACUUCGUCUUAAACCCAACUCUGCCCCCGCCAUUUCUCCAGGGCUGAAGGGAGCCACCUUGAUCACCAGAGGUCUGGCCCUCUGGAGGGUUGUUGUUGCAGCAUUUAGGAAACCAAAGAGAGGCAGGUCCUGGGAUUCUCUGCCCUUGGGGGUUGCCAUGUUAUCCAUGUGUACUCAGGACUCAGGGUCUGGCCUGGCAGGCAGCCUGGUGCUGGCCCCACUCUCUUUGGGGUCACAGAGCCCAUGUGGACUUCCUCAGCCUGAAGCACCACCGUUGGUGGAGGUGGCACAGUAUCACUGUCCCUCCUAGGUACAUGGGCAGGAGCUAUUCUGCUGGGAAGGGAGGAAGGGCAGGAGCAGCUGCUUGGAAGUCAGCUGGGUCUGCCAAACUCUGCUCCAGGGCUGAACUUAAUGAUAAUCGCUUGGUAAUAAGUGGUUAGGCACUCCUGAGUAAAUGACUUCACCUCUCUGUG